AUGGUGCAACUUCAUCUCCGUCAUCACCAGCCCCACAACCAAGCCAUGCAACAAAAGAAACCAAAGUUCUUCAUCAACGACCACAUUGACAUUCUUAUUGAGAUUCUCAAACGACUUGACGGUCGCUCCCUUUGCGUCGCUGCAUGUGUCUGUCGUCUCUGGUGCACCAUAGCUCGCAACGACUUGCUUUGGGAGGAACUCUGCUUUCGCCACAUGUCGUCUCCUCCUCCUUCUAGUGUACGCCCCGUUGUGGUGGCUCUUGGUGGUUAUAAAAGGCUGUACAUGGUUUGUUUAAGGCCCGUGCUCAGUCGGCUCGCGGAGCAGAGGCGUCAGCGGCGAGUGAAGAGAGUAGUGUGGACUCGUGACGAGGUGCAACUCUCGCUUUCUUUGUUUUGCGUUGAUUAUUAUGAGAGACUGGGGGUUGAUGACAGACUCGGCGAAUGUGAUGCCUCCACGUCGUCACUGAUGUUCCUGUGCAAGCCCGUGAACGUCUGA